AUGGCAGAGAACUCGGACAAAGUUCCGAUCACCAUGGUAGGACCUGAUGACAUUGAGUUUUACAGUCCUCCGGCAUAUGCCACCGUGACCCUGAAACCCUCCAGCCCUACGCGUCUGCUCAAGGUCGGAGCCGUGGUCCUCAUUUCCGGUGCGGUACUGCUGCUCUUCGGCGCCAUCGGAGCCUUCUACUUCUGGAAGGGGAACGACAAUCACAUUUACAAUAUUCAUUACACCAUGAGUAUCAAUGGGAAAUUACAAGAUGGGUCAAUGGAAAUAGAUGCUGGGAACAACUUGGAGACCUUUAAAAUGGGAAGCGGAGCCGAGGAAGCGAUUGAAGUUAAUGAUUUCCAGAAUGGGAUCACCGGAAUCCGUUUUGCUGGGGGAGAGAAGUGCUACAUCAAGGCACAGGUGAAGGCUCGUGUCCCUGAGGUGGGCAUUGUGACCAAGCAAAGCAUCUCUUCUGAGCUGGAAGGCAAGAUCAUGCCAGUUAAAUAUGAAGAAAACUCUCUUAUCUGGGUGGCUGUGGACCAGCCUGUGAAGGACAACAGCUUCUUGAGUUCUAAAGUCCUUGAACUCUGUGGCAACCUCCCUAUUUUCUGGCUUAAGCCUAUGUAUCCAACAGGAAAUUUUGCAGAGAUCCAAAGACAGAGAAGAGAAGUAGUAAGAAACAUUGCUCCCUCCACCACGAGAAGACCGCACAGUGAACGAGGCAACUCAGGCCCUAGAAGACUGAGUAAUGAAACCAGGCCUAGUGUUCAGGACGACGCAGAACCUUUCAAUCCCGACAAUCCUUACCACCAGCAGGAAGGAGAGAGCAUGACAUUUGACCCUAGACUGGACCAUGAGGGAAUCUGCUGUAUCGAAUGCAGGCGGAGCUACACCCACUGCCAGAAGAUCUGCGAACCUCUGGGAGGCUACUAUCCAUGGCCUUAUAAUUACCAAGGAUGUCGUUCAGCCUGCAGAGUUGUCAUGCCAUGUAGCUGGUGGGUCGCCCGCAUCUUGGGCAUGGUGUAAAAACCACUUCAUCUAUCAGGGACUGUCAAGCAAGAAUUAACCUGAGAGUUGACAACCAAAGAAGCAUAAAGCAUGUUCUUGCCAAGGAAACACGAAGUAUUUUAUAUUCAACCCGAGUAAUGUUUAUCCUAAACGAUGCAACAGAAUCUCUCAACUGUAUGUGCAAAUACACUGCAAGGGUAGUUGAAGUCUACAAUUAUUAUCCCUUCACUAUUUACUUGGCCAAUAAAGCCUAUUGCAAGUCUUUAAAAGCUACUUUUGAAAUAAACAUGGAAAGUUAUUUAAAGUUUGUCCCAGAUCUGUCAUAUACUUGAAUACUUUAAUCAUGAUUGAAAUCAUCCCAAUGGUUCUACUGUUUAUAGAGAAAUGUUCUUAACUUUCACUGUUAUUCCCAGUCUUGCAAAUGUGCCUCCCCCCAAAAGGGAAAAAACCAGGGGAAACAAAGAAUAGAAUUCACCUAAAAGCAAACAUUACAACUUUCAAUGUAGUACCUCAUGUGGAAUUAUUACCUAUAACUCCCAUGACAAGUCACUAACAAGGGGCAACACUACACUGAGUCACCUUCCAGGAAGAAAGCAUUAGACUAAAGAACACACAAGAAGGUACAUCAGACUCACAGGGAGUAACUGUGACAUUCAUCUUCACACUCCAGUCCAUGUGUUUCCAAUAAGGAACCACAAAGCAAGAAGCACAAUGGUUUUACCUUUGUAGUACCGAUCAGGCUGCCAAGGCAGUCCAAUUACCAGCCAGUUACUCUCCUAGAACAGGCCUGGGAGAGCCGCCUGGCAGGUACAGCUGGGAAGGAACAGCCUGCUUCCUUAUGACAUAAAGGAAACAAGCAUUGUCUUCAGGAAUGGCAAUAUUAGAUCAGGAGGAUACGGAAGUGUUUUAUAAUUGUGACAUUUUAGUUUUGAGCUCCAUAGUUUGAGAGAGACAGAAAAAAAUAACUUCCGUGAAAUUUUUACCCAAACAAUAUUCUAAUGUGACAGAAGGGUCUUAAUGCUGACACACAUUCUUUCCGAACAAGCCUUAUGAUUGCCGUCUGGUAUUUGUCAAUUAAAAUCUGUAAGACACAGAACUCAUAGAGCCCGGCUAUCAACCUUAGUGGGGUAAACUGCACUGGCACCUGAGAAAGACGAAUAAAAGAACAUCAUGUCCUGGUCAUGUAUGAUGUCCUGGUCAUGCUGUUCUCAGGCAGAAGAUACUUUCUGCAGCUCAAUUUUUCAAGCUUAAUCUUUAAGGUGGUUGCUUUCCUAUUAGCCAAGCAAAACAUGGGCCAUAUAGUUCUAUCCAUGCUCACAUACCCACAGAGCCCAGUAAUUUGCACUGAGUUCCAGAAACAAGAUCAAAAGAGAGCCCAGUAAUUUGCACUGAGUUCUAGAAACAAGAUCAAAAGAGGUUAGUCAGUCAGUAUACCAUCCCUAGAAGGAUGGAAGCAGUGAGCUUCUUGAGAACACCUACUUGGAGGGCUUCAUGUAAGCCAGAUCUAGUCUGUGAAGUGAGAGAGUGUGUGUUCCAGAGGGAGUGUGUUGGGGAAAGGUACAGGCAUGACACACCAUGGGACAAACUGGAAAUAGAGCACUUUGGUAGGAAAUGUGAAGGUGGAAAAACAGGCAGAAGCUACACCUUACAGGAUGUCAACUUGAUAGAUACAGAAGUGGGAACCAAUCCAAUUCUAGGCAAGGAGAUGGCUGGUUAGGUUUUCAUAGUAGGUCAGUCACCUGGGUAGCUUUCCUGAGAACCUAGAGCAUUCCAGAGGUCAAAGGGUAGGUUAGCAAGGAGCACAUGUCAUAACGGAAAGCUGUCUUCUGCAAGAUGCUUGCUUCCUUUUAAAAAUUCUACCAGAUGGAAGCACAAGUAGAUGAAAACAGAAAACGUUCUAUCAGGUUAAAGUAUAACCUUUAGAUAAAAAUAGUAGAUGGUUUACUUUUACAGAUGAGGGACCAUUGUUAUAAAGCAUCACUAAAUACAAAUCCUCUAUUGCCUCUAAGCAGGCCAAUCCCAAACUACAAAUACAGCUGACUUUUGCUAUAUUGAAUUUUGACUGAAACAUAUCACUGUGUUCACACUUGUAUUAAAUGAUGCCACAAUAUUUUAGACACUUAUUUCUCAGUAAUGGUGUACACUAUUACUCUUAGAACAUCGUAGGCUGGUUUCCAAGGUCCUAAUGUGACCCAGAACAGACCAAUGGGCUGAUUCAGUCUUAGAUGUGGUAGGUGUCAAUGGGCACACAGAGAAAAGGCUUCACUUACGUAUCAGUGUGGUCAUAUUAACUUGUAUCAUUCAAGUAUGCCAGACUGCAUUGCAACCAGUCUAAAAACUCAUAGACCUUAUCCCUACAUCUCUUCUACCACCUAAAAUGAUUCUAACAUCGAAAAGAUAUGCUAAAAUUAGUCAAUCCACUCAACCAUUUAUUUUACAUCAGAUUUUAUUACAGCGAAAUACAAUCUCCAUUUUACAAAACACAAACGCUUUGAGUGGCUUGUUUCCGUGUAAGCUGGCUGUAUCGAUUAGUUCAAUGAUGUGUACUUUAUAGAAAUGACCACACUUUGAAAGCUAACUGGUUUAUUGGGAAUGGAAGGAACUGACAAAACCUACAUGCAUUGCUACAUAAUACUACAUGCUGGUAGUAUUAUCACAAACGUGAAAGUGCAAAUCUGAGCAAUGACACUAACUUUAGCAAAAAAAAAAAAACCCACUUUAUAUG